UUGUCUGCAAGAAAAACCACGUGGAACCCCGGAAACAACCCAGUUCCCCAGGUCUUCAUCGAUGUCCUUCUCGAUGAGGAGGAAGCCGAAGAAGUGGUCAUGGAGGAAGAGGCGGUCAUCGAUGAAGAGGUUGGGGAACAAGGUGACUGGGAUGUAUCUAACAUGCCAAUGUACUACAUGCGGUCCGACGGGUCAUGGGGGGACCUGUUGGAGUUGGUGGUAGAGACUGCGGAGGUAUCU